GCAAAUAAAGUGUCAAAGUGACAGAGGCGAGGCGACGUAAAACGUAAUUGUUUGCAUUGUGUUGCUACCGCAGAUGUUGUUUUAAUUAGAAAAAAUAAAUUAUUACUGAAGCAAACACAAAUAAAGAGGUAAAAUGACAACUAAUACGCGUGCAGCAGUUUCCCAAAUAUUACGCAGUAAAGAUGAAGGUGGCGAGGAAGAAGAUGAGCCAAAAAAGAAGUCGAGAGAAGAUUGGAGGAAGGCCAAAGAACUCGAAGAAGCACGAAAAGCUGGAACAGCCCCCGCUGCUGUCGAUGAAACAGGCAAGGACAUAAACCCACAUAUUCCUCAGUAUAUAUCUUCUGCACCAUGGUAUUAUGGCACGAGUGGCCCCACACUUAAACAUCAGCGGCCCCAAGAAGACAGAGAGGCACAAUUUACAAAGUUGGACACUUAUUACCACAAAGGAGUUGAUACUACAAAAGCAGUCACAAAAUAUAGAAAAGGUGCUUGUGAAAACUGUGGAGCCAUGACGCACAAAAAGAAGGACUGCUUGGACAGGCCAAGAAAGAUUGGUGCGAAAUUCACAAAUGCAGGCAUAGCAGCUGAUGAGUUUGAACAGCCAAACCUGAAUCUGAGCUAUGAUGGUAAAAGAGACAGGUGGAAUGGCUACGACCCCUCGCAGCAUAAAGCUAUAAUUGAAGAAUAUCAAAAAGUGGAGGAAGCAAAAAGGGAAUUACGUGCAAAGAAAUUGGAACAAGAUCCAUCAGCUAUGGAAGACGAUGAUAAUGGUGGUGAAGAUGAAGACAAGUACGUGGAUGAAGUCGACAUGCCUGGUACAAAGGUGGAUUCUAAACAGCGCAUCACAGUGAGAAAUUUGCGUAUUAGAGAAGAUACGGCCAAGUAUCUACGCAAUCUAGAUCCUAAUUCGGCGUACUACGACCCCAAGACGAGAUCUAUGAGGGACAACCCUGAUCCAGCUGCCAAUGAAUCGGAUUAUGCGGGCGAGAACUUUGUACGUUUCACGGGGGACACGCGGAAUCAUGCCGCGGCACAAAUGUUCGCGUGGGAGGCUCAAGCUAGGGGAUUGGACGUGCAUUUAUUGGCGGAACCCACUAAACUGCAACUAUUGCAACGACAAUACCAGGAGAAGAAGGACCAGUUUAAGACACAGGUGAAACAAUCGGUCUUAGAGAAAUACGGUGGCGAGGAACAUCUCCAGGCGCCACCUAAGGAACUGUUACUGGCUCAGACGGAAGUGUUUACGCGAUACAACCGCGAUGGAACUCUUGCCGAGGGACCGGAGAAACAGCUAGCCAAGAGUAAAUAUGAGGAAGACGUGAUGAUUAACAACCACACCAGUGUUUGGGGCUCCUACUGGCACGAGGGACAAUGGGGAUACAAGUGCUGUCACUCUUUCAUUAAGAUGUCAUACUGUGUGGGUGAAGCCGGAAAAUCCGUAGUGUUGGAAGUGCAAGACGCGGAUAAAACCACCACCAGCGCAACUAUUACCAAAGAUGUUACAAAGAAGAAGGAAAAAGAUAAAAGCGAAGAAUCGUCGUCAUCCUCUUCGGAAGCCAGCUCAUCUGACAGCAGUUCAUCAGAAUCCGAAGAGGAUCACAGAAGCAAAACAGAGAAAACGAGCAAGAAGAAGAAGAACAAGAAGAAGUCCAAAAAGAAGAAGAAUAAAAACGUAAAGAAAGAAAAGAAGGAAGAGGACAAGCUAAAGAAGGCAUUGGAAGAGGAAGAGAGGCAACAACGUCAUGCCAAAUAUCUGCUAUCCAUAGACGAGCGGAAACGAUCAUACAACAGUAUGGUGGAAGUUAAAGCCCCCACUGAAGAACAAAUGGAGGCCUACAUGAUGAAGAGACGCCGCGAAGAAGACCCUAUGAGCCAAUUUUUAUAAUGUACAUAAUGUAAUAAAUGAUAUUAUUUAAGUUGUGUUGUAUUUUUAUUGGCUUUAUCAUCAUAUCAGGUUCGA